AUGUUUCCCUUACAGUUCAUAGUUCUCGCCUGCCUGGUCGCCGCGGCGCUCGCCGUUCCCGUGGACCCGAAGGAUGCCACCAUCGUCAGAUACGACUCGGACAACAUCGGUGUUGACGGAUACAAAUACGACUUCCAAACCAGCGACGGAACGUCGGCCCAGGAGCAAGGACAGUUGAAGAACGUGGGCACAGAGAACGAGGCGAUCGAGGUCCGCGGCCAGUUCUCGUACACCGGUCAGGACGGGCAGGUGUACACCGUCACCUAUGUGGCCAACGAGAACGGCUUCCAGCCCCAGGGUGCCCAUCUGCCCCAACCCUGA